ACGAACAAAAAAACAAAAAUGGCGCUUCCGACAUUACAACCGUACUGGCUGAAAAACUACAAAAACAGGAAUGAGGGACUCCUUGUUCGGAGAACACAAUUCGAAGCGGAAAGAAGGGAAGCUUGGGAUAAUAACGCACGAUAUUUCAAUAGAUCUAACGUGGAGACUACCAAACAACGAGUGUGGGGAUCAAGAGAAUCUUACGAAGACAGGUGAGAUCUGCAAGGAUAUUGCAAGUUUUAUGACUUGAAUGCGGAAAUACGAACCUUGUUUUUUUAUUUCUGCCCAGAUUGACUAUUUCAUCAGUCAUACUUCAGUCUUUGCCCUUGUAUUUCCUUUAUCUCAUAGAUCCAGUUCUUUGAGAACUGGUAUGUGUCGAUCAUGCAUGGUCAUAUAUUUAUAUAAUCUCCUUGGUAACAUUUCAUGCCAUUUCAACUUUACCACAACAUAAUUCAACACUUAGUCACUCCAGCUUACAUAAAUACGUUAGAGAAAUUUGUAUUCCCUGGGUAGUAUCACAUUCUUUGUGUUGUAUCACAUUCUUUCAAGGGUAUACUUUUCAGUCAAUCACUAGUCGCUGCUUAAGGAAUGUCCUUAGGAUGAACAUCUCAAGUCAUUCAUGUGGUCGUCGAAUUAAAUGAAAUGUCAGACUUUUCAAGGAUGAUUUAAGUCUUCUCCAGGGCCACAUGAGUGAAUGAUAUUUUGUUUUUAACAGCAUGCAAGCACUGGAUGGUUUAUACAAAGAGAACACGAAACAAGAUAAACAGCAAAGAUUAGAUGAGAGGAAAAAAAGACUGUCUGAAAUGUUGUUAAAGGAAACUAAAGAAUAUGAGGUAAGGUGUAAAACAAGCUUAACUAUUUGACUGUAAGGUAAUGUUUUUUUUUGGUUUUCUGUAAUUGAGACUUAAAGUAGAUUUAAACCAAAUCAAUUAUUCGACUCACAGGGUAUUUAAGAGUCUAGUUGGUGGUCAAUUUGAGAGAAAGGAGAAAUAUGAACAUUUGCCAUGAGACUUGGAAAACUGUCAACUCUUUGAUUUUGAUCUUAAAGGUCAUUUGUGUAUUGAACAACCACAAUAGAGCUUUUCAUUUGCUUUUUAAUUGAAUCUCUAGGAAGAGCUUAAGGCAAAAAGACUUGGUGGUGCUGGUAGACUGUUACAGAUGAAAGAGAGGUUUGUAAUGUUAAAAAAGAAAACUUGCUUUGAUCAUCUGUGAUGUUUGUAGUAAACAUGUCUUGCUGUUUAAAGUUGCUUACUAUGUUGUCACUGGAUUAAAUUUUCAUGAAGUGCACUUUUCUUCCCAGGGCUGAUGAGCUAAAAGCUGACAAGGAAGCCAGAAGAAAAGAAGUAUGAGCUUUAUCAUUAUUAUAACUUGGAUAGUGUAUGUUAGGGUUGGGGAAUAAACAUUUGCACAUUAGAUAAGUCAUACACUCAGAUUAAUGACACUUACAAGACAUCAUUCAACAGCAUGAAGUUCCCCCACAAUGCUCCAAGGUAUUGCUUCUGAUUGCAUUAUUUUGUACAGAUAUGUAUACUUAUUUUUUGAUUUAGCUAUGUUUAGCCAUUAUUGUAUUCUGUGCAUGAAUGAGGGUCUCAAGAAACCAAGCGGUAUCAUUUAUUUUUGACGAUGCACUGAUUGAACUUUCUUCUCAGAUUGCUGAACAAAAAUUGUAUGAUCAUUGGAAACAAAAUGCUGUAGAACUUAGAGAGGUGAGCAUUCAUAGUGAUUGUUGAAUGCAGAGAUAUUUAAUCAAUAAAUACUGAUCAUUUUAAUUGGAAAUUCAACAACUUCUUGCACCAUUGUGAUAUUUUUCUGUUGAACAUGGUGAUGGUCUGCUUGUACUGAAGACACAAGAUCAAGUGAUGAUCAUGCUCUUUUUUAUACCCUGUUAUGUAGUUCUCUGGUGAUAAUCUGAUGGCCUUCUCAUUAUACGUUACACAGUACUUCUGAUGCUUCAUUUCCUAUUGAAAAUCCUGGUUAUUUGAUAAUUUAUUGUCUUUUCCAAUCGCCGUCGCUGUAGAUUGAAGCUGACCAGCUCAGAGAACAUGUAGUGAACAGCUGGGCUGGUCAAGUGUCUGACCGGGAAGAGGUAAGGACUGUCAUGUAACUUUGCCUGAAUUUCUAUUCCAACUAAAACAUUUUUUAAAAGUAAUUGUCAGGAAUGGAGCUGAGGAAAAUUUCAGUGGAUGAACAUAUAGCAUCCAGCUGGAUGGGCCUUGAAAGAAAUAGAGAUUAAAAGCAGGUGAUGGAUAGGUAAAUUCCUGAAAAGUCUCAUUCUUUUCUUAUCUCAUUGAAUGGCUCUCCUCUUUUUCAAUUUAGAACUUGAAGUCAGCAAGACAAGAAGACAGAAGGUGUGUGUUAAGUUAAUACUAGUAACUCAAGUCACCAAGUAUUUAAGCUACUUGAAAGUGCACAGUAUUUUUGGUAAGGUGAGGCAAGAACAUAUUCUCAGUUACAUGUAUCAUUAAGCAAUUUUCAAAACUGUCAAAAACAUGAAAUUCAAGUGCAACCAAGGAACAGGUUCACAUGUAAAAUGCGUACUAAUUUUGUUUCCACUUAUUGUUUCACAGAAUGGAUGCUGUUAUGGAAAAAGAUAGGCUACUUGCUCUUGAGAAAGAAAGAGCUAAGGAAGAGGAAAAGAAGAGGUUUAUUUUAAAAUAAUGCUAACCUUAAAUCUAUUUACACUUAUUUCAGGGUUUGUACCCAUCCUGGAAAACCUGAAAAAUCCUGCAAUUUUAUUCUGCAAUUUUCCAGGAUUUUAAAGUCCUAAAGAUUUCAAGAUUUAACGAUUUCAGGUCUUGGAAAGUCCUAAAAUUGCCUAAACUUGAGCAAGAAAGUUGUUGGAAUUUAGGUUAUAAGAAAUGUAUGUAGACCAUAAGGAGAAUUGAUUUUGAAAUCUAGGGAAUGAAAGGGUUUAAGGGGAAAUUUGGAGCCCUGUAAAAAUCAAUGUGUCCUGGAAACAAAAAAAAGAUAAAAGCUGUACCCUCCUUGUAUGUUAGUUACGAGGAGAAAUAAAUGCUGAAGUCUUUUUUAUUUAGUGUUGCCCAAUUCUACAUAUGCUAGAGAUUUUUCUUCCAUCAUUCUAGAACUACAUUCCAUUCUGCAUUUGUAAACACUUCAAUUCCAUAUAACUGUUGUUUGAUCACUUCUCCUUCAGGCAUGAUAAUGUUUAAUUUUUCUUACUUAUUAAUUGUAGAGAACAAGAAAAUCUUGCUGCAGAUCUGAGAAAACAAAUGGAAGAACUUAAACUUAGAGAUGAAGAGGUAUAGUUUGUAAACUGAACUCUUUGUCAUAUUUUCAGUCUAGUGUGGGUAGCCAUCCUACAGUUUUUUCUUUCUGAGGAAGGGGGGAAGAUUUUUCCUUGAAGACUUCUAAAGACAACAUGGAAACCCUGCAAAAACCCUGACCAGCCACGCAGUUUACUUCGAGUGAAAUCAUCCCUUUAGAUGAAUGACUGAUGCAUACAGAUUUAAACUGACCUUUUUUUCCUCGACUAAUUUUACUUCGAGGAGGUCACUGAGCCAAUAAAUGUAUCUAUAAGGCCAAAUCAAGCUGAUAAACCAAAUAUUAAAAUUACAGCAAGGAGGAUUAGAUGAAGUACAUGUACUUGUUGCUAAAUUAAACCCUUCAGUGGAGAAGAAAUACUUUCACCUAUUAUUACCUAGAAAAAAAUAUUUGUUCAAUUAAUCAUUGGUCUUUCCUUUACCGUAUGCAAACAUCCUAUAACAAUGUAAAUGUUAUUGUGUUUAUUGGCAGGCUCAAAUGCUAAAACAGGAACAAGAGGAUUUGCUCAAAGCACAAAGGAGGCUUGAACAGGCAGUAAGUUUUCAUAGUGAGAUUGUUUUAAUUAGAUUGUUUUUAUGGAGACUGUUUGGUGUUAAAAUCAAUAAAGAAAUACAGAGAGUUGAAUUUCAUGGUCAGAUUUUUUGGCUGUUUACUUUGUCCAUUUUACCAGCCCCCAGCUCAUGUGGUUGAUUGAGGAUUGUGUAAUUCGAUAGAUCUACCACUGUAAACAUCUUUAAUGAUCUUUAAAAGUGGUCAAGAUUACUACAACUUCUUGUUUGUUCCUAGGAGGAAGAUCGAAGGCUGCUGGAUGAAGCAAGAAGAAAACGAGAGUUUGGGUGAGUUAACUAAUGAGUUGUAGGGUUGGUCAGUCAGUUUGAUAGUCAACUUGGUCAAUCAGUAUGUAAAUCAAUCAGUCAGUCCACUACUUAUUCAUUCACUGAGUGAAUCAGUCACUCAGUUAGUUAGCCAUUCAAGCAAUUAAUCAGACGGUCAGCCAGUUGACUAAAUCAGUCAGUCAGUUAUUGGGGUCUUUGCUCAGUCAUUCAGUCAAUAAUUCAGUUUGUCAGGUGGUCAAUUGAUUAGUAGGUCAGGCACUCUGUCAGUCUCAAUUUUCAAAAUUUCAAAUACUGGAAACAAGGCACUGGAUUUAGCCUCACAGUCUUCCAUUUUUGUGUGAUGUGUAAAGAUGAUGUUUCAAUCAUGUUCUGAUGGUCAUUUUUUAGGCGUGUCCUGAUUCGUCAACAUAAAGCACAGAUGAAAAGAAAGAGUAAAGAGAUACAAGAGGCCUUGGUAAGAAACGACUGCUCACAAGAAAUUUGAGGGUUUAUCCAAUACAAACAGUGAUCUUCAUGUUUAAAUUUUAAAGUUUGUCCUAUACUCUUAAAAUGAAUUUUUCAAUGACUACAUGAACAUGAAUUUCUAGACUCUGUGUAAUUCAAAUAUGUGACCCUUGGUUUUUGCAGGAGCUGGAUUUGAAGAUUUUAGAAGCAUUGGCUAAGAAGGUAGACAUCUUUUUGGUUUAUCAAAGUGGCUUUUUUUAUGAAAUAGAUUUCAGUUAGUAUAAUUUAUUUUUAUUGACCAGAAAUCAGAAGGUAAGACUCAUUUAAUAAACCUUGCAAGUGGAGAGCUAAUUUUUUUCAUCUCAAUUCUUGUAACAACAGGAAGAUCAAGACAAAAUAGUUGAGACUUCAAGACGAGAGAAAGCCAGAGCUGAUGCAGAAUACAUGAGACAGGUAAUGGAUCUUCAAAUUUAUUUCAAAUGUUUUCCAUGUGCAGAAGUUUGAGAUACAUGUGUCUAUAUUGUUUCUUUUAAAGGUUGUUGAACAACAACUUAAGCUUGAACAACAAAGGGAGGCUGAGUUGGACAUGCUCUACAGGUAAUGAUAACAAUCUCACAUGUAGCCAUCGUUGGCUUGCCCUGAUAUAAAGUUCACAAAAGCUGUGAGAAGGUUUGAAGACUAAUCCUGGAUUGGGAUGGAUUUGUUUAACUUUUCUUUGUGGUGGAGGUUGAUCCAGCCAACUUCCAUCACUCUAUCAACCCAUCAUUAGUAAAAAGAAAACAUCCUUUAUGAAGUUUACACACUAGUCUCUGAUUGUGGACAUUACUGUCCAAUUUUAGACACUAGAGUCCGAAUUUAGACAUUUGUAUAGGAUUUAAGACGCAAGUGUCUGAUUUUAGACAGUACUGUCCAAUGUUAGAAACUAGUGACCAAUUUAGACAUUUAUGUCCGAGUUUAGACACUAGUGUCCGAUUUUAGACACUAAUGUCUGAUAUUAGACUCUAGAGUCUGAUUUUUAGACACUCAAGUCUGAAGUUAGACACUAAUGUUUAAUUUUAUACACUAGUGUCAAAUCAAUGAAUAAGAAAGGAAAAUUUGUUAUCAAUGGUAAUCAAUCAUUUGAUCAGUACUUAAACAUUUAUUCAAGGUUCGUGCACUGGUCUAGUACAGUGCAUAUGUCUUUUUUUCUUUUUCUAUUUAAGAACGUCAACAAUUUUGAAUCUUUAAAAUAUUUAAAACCCCAACUUAGAUUGGAAUUAAAAAUUCAUUCAAAGUGCAAAGUAUUGGACAUAAUGUCCUGCUCUCCUUGGAGUUGAGUGGAUAAAACCUUUAUUGGACCAGACAUUGUCCGUUGACCGCCUGUUUUUCCGAGCCCUGAUACUUUUCACUAUACAUUUCCUAAGGUACUGAGAAGGAAAAUUAGUUUAAUUACGAGCCUCUUUAGUUGGUGAUCAUUUCAUUUAUAUACGUGACCUUAAUGUUUGUUUGAUUCAGGGGGGAUGUUGAAAGGAGAAAUUAGAUGCUAGUCACCCUCAGGGAUUUAAGGGUUGAAGUAUCUUUUAUUAAUCGUAAAUUUGUGAUGUGUAGAGAUGAAGCAGCGCGAAUGUGGACCAAGAGAGAAGCAGAGUGGGAACGGGAAAGACUGGCCCGAGAGAGAUUGAUGGCUGAAGUAAGGAAAACACGUUGUUGUAUACAUCUGUUUUUGAGACUUUUUUUUGAGGCUUGUAUUGUCCUCUGCCAGGUUUUAGACGUUCGCAGAAAACAACUGGAUGACAAAAUGGAGGAGAAUAAACGCCGCCAAGAGGAGUCAAUUGAAAGUCGUGAACAACUGCUGCGAGAAUUGGAGGAAGCUCAGAGAAUGACAGCAAGAGAGAAGAGUGAAGAGGCAAGACUACGGAGGGAACGAGAAGAAGAAAUUCAAGCACAGGUUGAAAUCUGAAAAUACACGUUUGUUUUACUGCUUAUAAUUAACUUCCCACUUUUAUCUUCAUUCACAGAAACCUUCCGUUUUUAUACCUACUUUCUCCCUCCAACACUGUAUUUGUUUUGAUCUUUUGAAAUUGAACAGAUAACUUCACGUAGAGAAAAGGCCAACGAAAUGAAACAAAUUGAAAGAGAAGAGCUAGAAAGGGAAAGGUGAGUGUGAUAGUCAUCAAUAAACUAUUGACGAGUUUCAGUGUUAAUGAAACUUUGUUUCCCCGAAACUCAUGAAAGCUGCCUUUUGUUGAAAUGGGCAGUUGCCUUUUGUCUUUUCGCCAAUUUCAAACGCUUUUGUUGUGGUAUUUUAAGAAGUCUACUGUGGGUGGAAUGUUACGACAAUAGUUUUGCACAUAGCCUCACUGUACGUGUAAAUUGCACUUUUUGUACUAGGCGAGAGAAAGAAGCAUAUGAUAGAAUGUUGAGACACGAGGCAGAUCAUAUGAAAGCGAGAGGACCUCAUGCAAGGGUGAGUAUAACAUGUGCUGUUUCUUAACUACCAGUUGUGCUUACUUUGUGUUACUUCUUACUAUUUGUAUGUACAUUGUCCAACAAAUGGGGGAUGAGAUUUGCUAAACGUAUCAACUAGAUACAAAUCAAUGUGACAUUUUCACCUGAUUGAGGGAUGUGUUGAAAUUGUCUGAAAACUAUGCCCCGUUUGUGCCAAACUUUACCCCGGUUUCUCUAGCGUGAAGCGAUUACGAAUUCUUUUUACACCCCUGGAGGGUAUUCUACUCUAUCUUGUUUUACCCACCCGUCCCUUCGUCAGGUCACUUUAACCUUUUGACCCCUAAGGCUGGCUACCAUCUAAUUUCUCCCUACUAUAUCCCCCUCGGAUCACACAUCAAGGUCACGAGAUUUACGGAAAUGAUCACCAACUAAAGAAGCUGUUGAUAUAUAGACAAAUUCUCCUUGUCAGCACCUAAGAAAAUGUAAAGAGCACAUUAUGGAGAAUAUGCAUACUUAUGUUAGGGUGUGUUCGUAUUUGUUUUUGCAUCCGUAGUUUGUUCCGAGAAGGAGAACAGCAUUUGAAUAGAAUAACCUCCUUCGGAUCAAAUGGAUUGUUACUUCAUCUGUCUGAGGUAACAGCGUAAAUAUGGUUGUAAGGAAGUGUUUUUUAAGUGGUUCGCCGACUUCUUCACAGUUUGUCUCGCAACAGCUUUUGUCACACAAUCAUGAAAUAGUAACCGCUGAAUGAAACAGCAUCAAAGACUGGAAAGGGACGCCAUAACUAUUAACUGUAUCAUACUUGGGCAGAAAUGCACGAGUCAAUAUUUCAUCGAGCAGAACUCAGUAUCACGAUUAGAAGUGUAAAUUUGUCCAAGUUUUGGUUGAUACUAAAAUUUGUAAAGGUAUUAGUUGUAAAUAAUAAAUAAAGAUCAAUGUCGCGGGAGAUUUCUCGAAUG